AUGCUAUUCGUAGUGCUUUUUCUGACGGCCUUCUCAUCGGCGCAGGCUUGUGGGUUUUUGAUGAAUUUUAUUAAUUAAGAAGGGUAAUUACGCUGUAAAAUUAUUAGAGGAACGAUUUUCGAGAUUUGAAAGAAUGUUUCCCAUAAAAUUGAAGCUUUGAGGGGAAAAGUUUCGUUCGAAUACCCUUGCUGUAGUUUUUGAAGGCGCGAAAAUUCUAGAAUGAAUCAAGCGCUGAAAAUGGCUCUUCGCGUGAAGACCUGUAUUGAAAUUGCAUAAAUCCCUUUGGAAAUGAGACUUUUUAACGAAAAUUGGACAAAUGUUAUCUUCACCCAUUCCAUGCCCACUUUGUGGAUUUUCUUAUAUAGCUGAUUCACGGCUGGCUUGAUCCAUCGAGAAAAGGGUCCUGCCACGAAAAGAGACGAGACAGUGCCCUGGUUAGUGGAGAGUGCAGACAGGCCACGCCUUUUUGCGUCCCAAGCUAGCCGUGAAUCGUCUAUAUUUUGUCUUUUCAUUUAAGCUUUGAAACUUCAGUGAAUUGCCCGAAUGGAGUUUUCCAACUGCCGCCACCAAACGUGGUCAACGGAUCCUGGCCGAAUCAGUCUUUGGACCAACUGGAAUCCAUUGUUGGAUUCAAAUGCUCAGUUUUUGUGAGUUUCAUAGGUUUCUUUGUUGGUUUUCGAGUAGAAAAGCUUGCUGAGAAUUUCUAUGGCCAAAAUUGGUAAACCGAGGCUUUUGUAGUGUUCUACAAGAAUUUUGCGCUUUUAAACGCCUUGAAACUUGUCUAUAUUCAAGUUUCAUUAGUGCAACUUAAGUGGUCCCUUGAAAAGCCAAAAUCUACUACCUAAAUUCUCAAACGGAUUUAUUCUAGUUCUCUGAAGUUCCGCGAACGAUUGUCACCUUUUCAUUCAACAUGAGUUCGAUCGAAGCCGGCCAGCUCAGUAUUGGAACGGACGUCAGUGACAGCGACUACAAGUGAGAAUUUGGUCUAAAUUUCGAAAUAAAAUGACGUUUUUCUUUGAAAAAAAUUGUUGUAUGAGAGAAUUUUCUUACAAUUCAAAUUAUAUAUAGCUCGUUCGACACCGAAUUGUCACUUUCUCUCGCUCUUCUUCGAGAAUAUAUGGACCAGGCCACUUUUCAAUAGUGACGUCAUGACGUAAGACCCCCUCCACAAAAACAGAAUCUGAUAAAAGUAGAAAGGCUCCGGAUCCACCUAUGUCUUCGAUACAUGCGCGUUUAGCCUGAUAAUUCCUGUUAUUUUAAAGUCGAAUGCUUAUCAUCAAAUGGCUCAAAAAAACACUCCGAUUGGAUUUUAAAAAUUUUUCUGAUGUUCGUGGCCAGACUUUCAGCGACUUUGCUCUGCUUGAACAUGGGAUUCCUAAUUAUAGUCAAUGUUUCCCGACUUGAAAAAAGGGACGGGACGCGUAGCGUGUGCGUACGCGGUUCUUGGCACGAGUUCAAUUCAAGCGCCAGCGACUAUUUGGAGUGCUCGUUUAUCGCCGUUUUCAUUUAUUUUCUAAAUUAUUUAUUGAUUUUCUUCAUGUCUGCAUUAAAAAUUAGUAGAACAUAUAAAAAAAGAGCGGUGACCGAGCUUUUUGAAUAGUCUCUGGCGCUUGAAAUGAACUCGUGCCAAGAACCGCGUACGCACAUGCUACGCGUCCCGCCCUCUGCCCCUCCUCCCUCGCCUUUCAAGUCGGGAUAAAAUUGACUAUACUAUCAUGUUUUUUUUUUCAAAUCGUUGAGUGAGAAGUAAAAUGAGACGAAAAUUUUAAGGCCCAGCGGCACAGGCGUAGCUCAGUUCACGACUCCUUGGAAUUCCGUUUUGACCAUUGAUGGAUCCAAAGCGGAUAAGAAAAGCCUGGCUAGCUUUGCCAUGGCCUAUUCUUAUGUUCAAGGUACUGUGUUGCGAAAAUUUCGUCAUGAAAAAAUUUCAGGGUGCCUUAAAAUUAAAUUUUCUUUCUUUUCUUAUUGUUCUCCUGUUCAGUUUUUUCUUUUUGGAUUUUUACAUUUACUUUUUCCGCAUCUGUAUUUCUUCCACUCUCAUAUACCUGUUACAGGUGCUAACCAGAGUAACGAAAACGUUUGCUCCUCACAAUUUCUGGAAAAAUGGUUACAAAGACGUCCCUCGGAAAACUCCCGCAAUCAUGGGAAUUCACGCAAGAUCUCACUGCCAGUUCGUUCUUCUAGAAAAUCAGAAAGACGAGAUUUCAUCAGUUCAGGUCCUGGACUCAACCCCCAAUUGAUCGCCUUUUUGGCCUAUCACCAGAAUCCAGCAACAAACUACAUGAUCAAUGACCGAAUCGCCUUUUUUAACCAGAAUCAGCUGCUCAUUUCGUAAGAUUUCUAUUUGAAGGUUGAAAUUAAGGUUAUUGAAAAACAAUUUCAAGCCUAAUUUCAUCGGAUUUUUUUCCCGGUUUUUUAGUCAUGGGCCUUUUUUAUCAGAAAUGUAGAAAAAAAUUCAGUAGUGAUUUCAACUGAACGAUUUUUUUCAAAAAAAAUUAAAAUAACGUGAAAAAAAUAAACUUCAUUUUGUUAAUAUUUGACCUUUUAGUUUGACUUCCAAUUUUUAUAUUUUGUUAGAUUUUCGCCCAUUUUUUUAAAGAUAUUGGCAGAAGCUCUUUCGGCUGUUUUUUGGAGCGUUUUUCGUAGCAAAUAUCAGUCAAUUUUCAAAGUUUUGAGCCUUUCUCCCGGACUACUAUUCGGUUAUUCCCGACUGUUCGAGUAAUGAGAAUAUCAAUUAAUGAGGCCUUACGAAGUAUACUUUCGAAUUUUGCAACUUCAGAGGCAACCAAAUCGUGAAAAACGACAAGAAUGGAGUCUCGGUCCUGACUAAGCCGGCCGUCACUCUGUCCUGGUCGCCAAAAGACGAUUUCCAAGCCGAACUUGUCGUCUAUUCUUACCCAGGUGAGGAUCGAAAUUCGCGAUAUCUUUAAUGAUUUACAAUCUUCAAGCUCCACCAACGAACGCGGUCGACUGGACGAAAUACUCGACGAAAACGUGGGAAGGCAAAAAUUUAUCAGUUUCAUCAAACCAGCCUCUGGUGCUUCUUCUGUCGGGUAAAGAUGUCGUCGGCGUCAUGAGUAAUUUGAAAAUGGUGGGUUUUCAGCGAAAUAUUUGAGAAAUAGUUAGAAAAGAACCUUGAUCUCUAUUUUCAAAGAAUUUCUCAUGAAAGGGCCCAGUAGCUGUUUGAAAUAGUGACCGACACGGAACGGCUUACGCGCUAUGACAUCAAAAAGUAUCUGCUGAAAUGCAAAUUUUGUUAAUUUGUUGAAACUUGGCUGGGAAGUUUUGUAGAAAGGUAAAGGACAACCGUGAACUAAGAAAAUGUUUAGUGGUCUCUAUAUCGCCAAGGACUACUUGGAGAGGACCCUAAAGUGGCCACUAAACUCACCUUUUGUAGUGGCCAUUUUUUACGUUUUAAUGGCCACUGUAGAGGUUCUCUAUUUAGUGGCCACUUCAGUAGUUUUUUAUCCAGUAUUCCUUCCAGUAACUCUGAUAAUUUUAAAACAAAUAGAUUGAACCAGAUCCACUGACCCUUAAAGUGGCCACUAAAAUUUUUAAUGGUCUAGUAGUAGCACUUAGACCUCUACAGUGGCCACUAAUUUUCAACACCUUAAGGGGCCACUAAUUUGACUAUAGUGACAAAUAAAACGUCAGAACUCUAUAGUGCCCGCUAAAAAUUUUCCCAGAAAGCUUCACUUUUUUUUUCUCGAAAAGAACAAUUUUUUGAUGAUUUGAUACUUUCAGACCAGUGGGACAUUGAUCAUCUACUUGGGAAUCACUGAAUUUACGCCCGACGGUAGAAUCAGUCCAGACAGUUUUGUUGCGGGAAUCUAUGGGUAACAAUUUUGUAAAGUCCGUUAUUGCGACUUUUCUGUGCUAUCCUCGUCUCUCAGGUUUUACUUGCUAUUUUCAUGUUCCUCUUACCACGACAGUGAGGGAACAGAGAGACGCAGACGCUCGAGAACUGUCCGACGGACUAUUCCUCUCCGAGAAAAAAGAAACUAAUUUUCAGUUACAACCAAACCCCAAAUGCUCCGUCCCUCCUACGAUUUCCCUGUCUGCACUUUAGUCAUGUUCAACGGUAAGUUUUAACAUCAAUUGAUACUCCUAAUUUUAGCAGAAAGUGAUCAAUAAUGGUUACAAAUCAUCGAUUUUUUCCAAUUCAACACUCGGAAAAUUCAGGAACCGCCACGUUUGA